UGGUAUGUUUUGGGAUAUAUGGUUUGGUCUGACAUGCUGAGCUGCUGUAAAAUGACCAAGGAGCAACAUACAAAAAAGAAAGAAAAACAGCUACAGACAUGACGUUGAAAAGUCCAGUGUUACUUAACGUUAUGCCGUAUUUAUAGUCUGUAAAUUACCUGAUUAGAAAAGAGAUAGGAACCAUUGACCUGACGCAGACAAGAGUCGGAAUCUAGACACGGACAUAACGGAAGUUUAGACGGUUGCUCUGGGUGAACGAAAGGGAAAACUCGCAGCAUCGCGUCAAAUAAGAAAUAAUUAUCUCCCCCCUAAACUAACUCAGUUUCCCCCUUUCCCUCAGACAUGGCGUCCAAUUCUAAUAUGGAUAUUGAGGGUGCGACCCAGCAUCUCCGGGACAUCCUCAAGCUCGACCGUCCCGGGAACAUCACCGAUACACAAUCAGGUGAUAGUCUGAGAAUGCCAUCUUUUAAUGGAGAGCUGAAUGGGUUAUUGGGAGCAGCAGGUCUUCUAGGAAGCACUGAUCGGUCAACCAUGUCAAAUUCUACCCGACCCAUCUCCACAGACCUCAGCAGCGCUCAGGAGUGUCAGAUAAUCUGCCUUUCUGGUGACGAUGGCUCCACCUGUAUCCCCAUCACCUCCAACAACGUGGAGAUUGUGGCAAGUCAAGACUCCAGCAUCAACAGCAAGGCUCGCGGCAGCAACAAGGUGAAGAUUCAACCCGUUGCCAAGUACGACUGGGAACACAAGUAUUAUUAUGGCAGACUGAUAGCCGUGUCCAACUCCUUCCUGGCGUAUGCCAUCAGAGGAGCCAACAACCAUGCAAUGAUUAGAGUCCUGAGUGUGGGCUUUGCUGAGCGCUCCCUACUGAAGGGCUUCACUGGAGCUGUCACAGAUCUGGCUUUUGCCCACCUUGACUCCUCCCUGUUGGGUUGUGUAGAUGAAGCGGGCAACCUGAUGGUCUGGCAGAUCACCUGCACUGGAAGCAAGAUACUUGAUCAGGUGGUGGUUCAUAUUCGACGGCCAGAAGACUCCCCACUGAACUCCCACCGUCGCCUCAUCUGGUGCCCGUUCAUCCAGGAUGAAAAUGAGGAGAACCAGGAUGACACCAGUCAGACCUUAGCCCUGCUUCAUGAAGACAUGGCUGAGGUGUGGGACCUGGAAGUCUUGAGAGCCAACAACAGCAGUUGGCCUGUCGAUAUCACAGACCUAAAAGAAGGCCUCAUCACAAUCAAGGGACAUAACCAGCGAGUCAGUGAAGGGGCCCUGUCUCCAGAUGGAACCGUGUUAGCCACAGCCAGCCAUGAUGGAUACAUCAAGUUCUGGCAGAUAUACAUAGAAGGGGUACAGGACAAGCCAAGAUGUCUUCAUGAGUUGCGGCCUCACGGAGGACGUCCCCUCUCUUGUCUUCUUUUCUGUGACAACCACAAAAGACAGGACCCCGAGGUUCCUUUCUGGCGGUUCCUGAUAACUGGAGCGGAUCAGAACCAAGAAUUAAAAAUGUGGUGCACUGUUUCCUGGACCUGUUUACAGACCAUCAGGUUUUCUCCAGAUCUGUUCAACUCAUCAGUUCUGCCAAGUCUAAAGGCCAGUCUGGACCUCUCUGCUCAGUAUCUCAUCCUCACCGACGUACAGAGGAAGGUUCUGUAUGUGAUGGAGCUGCGGCAGGAUCUGGAUAAAGGAAAGGCCAGUUUCACAGCAGUAUCAGAGUUCCUGCUGACCCACCCUGUGCUCAGCUUUGGGGUCCGGGAUGUCACCCACAGCCGAUUGCGACACACAGAGGUCCUCCCUGCAGAGGAGGAGAGUGAGAGUAUGACAACAGAGGGUACUCAAGGACCAACAGAGUCCAAGUCUGGCAUCCAAAUUAAACUCUACUGUGUUCACACCAAGAGUCUGCAGGAUGUCCAGAUCUGGUUUCAGCCCAACUUGGGUUCCAGCUCAACAGUCUUCCUGCCCCAUUCUGAUUCCCAGGAUGGUUUUGCAGGGUUUUCAGACCAUCUCACUGACCAGAGCUCUGACAAGGAUUCAGGAAGUGGCUCCCAGACCGACCUAAGGAAGAUCCCAUCGCUUCCUGCUCCCACUGACUUCCUGUCAAACUCGGGCGCCAGCAGUGGAACCAAACUGAUGACUCCCGACGCCUUUAUGACACCAAGCACUUCGGUACCGGCAUCUCCUGGCAGCAGCGCCAGCAGUCUGACCGUUGUGACUGCCAUCAGCAGCAACUCUGACUCCACUAACAGCCCCCCUCUUUCCGAGCGCGUUCUAACUCCUACGGUGGCCGUAUUAUUCCAAGAAGUACGACUUUGUCCAGCUAUUGACGAUGUCAACCAGAGUCCUAACCGAGCAGAGAACAACAGCAGCAGCAGCAGCAGCAGUCUUGCCCUCUCCAACUCCACCAGCAGCCCAAGAGCUGCUUCUGUUGUGCUGAUGCCUGGAUUGGAGAACCUACAGGCUUUAGCAUCCCCUAUUGGUCCUCUGACACUCGACAACCCUCAGGUUCUGGACUCUCCCCUCCUGCCGCCUCUGGCCUCUCCGACCAGGGCCCGCUCCCCUGACGUCAUCUCCUCCGCCUCCACCGCCAUGUCCCAGGACAUGCCAGAGAUUGCAUCCCAGACCCUGCAGCUUCAGCGUGGACUAGUGUCCAGCUUGGAGCCCCUACCUCUGUCUGCUCUCCAGACAGACAGCAUGGCCUCUGCUGCAUCUGCCCUGCAUCUACUCACCUCACCACGCACAGCCAACAACAACAGCCUGUUGGCCCUUGAACUCGGAGGUGCUGAUGGGCCAGUCGGCGGCGCAGUAGAUUCAGAGCCCAGACUCAGCCACACCCCAUCUCUACUUGAGAAUGCCUUAUCACAGGAGAACCCUGGGGUUGGUGGAGGGUCCUCAGAUGGUAGUGUCAGCCACACACCUUGGCCGGCUGCCCCUGACAUCACUCGAGAAACCAGGAACAGUCUCAGGGACAAUGGUCUUGGAGACUGUUCAAGAGAGGAGUCGAAGGACAGACACUUGAGUUCACCUUACCAUCGACGCUCCUAUCACCUCACACAGAAUGACAGUCAGGACGCUGGCGCAGAGCAGAGUGACCCUGAUGAUGAGGUGGCCAGCCUGGCAUCAUCCUCAGGAAAAAGUGGCUCUCGUUCUUCUCACAGACUACCAGUCAAGGACUGGAAGACCUCACCACGAGGCUCGCCAAAAGUAAAGAGGAAGACCAAGAAAGAUGACAGUGAAUCGUCUCAGUCCAGGCAAAUGGACUCAGUUCAGAUGAAUGCAGAAGUGCAGGACGAGUUGUUGAUGCUCCUGCGUAGCCAGCAGAGAGAACUAACUGAACUGCGAGGUCAGAUUGAAGCCAUGCAGAGCACCAUUAUGGCCCAAGUAGAGCAUGUCCUUACCAACCACCAGGAACAAGAACAGCGCAGACUAGAGCGAGUUCUGUCAGAGAGUCAGAAUCAUCAACAGCAGCUUCAGGAACAACUCAGCCAGCAGCUCAGCCACACCCUCAGCUCGGUGCUGACCAACAGAAUGGAUAAAGUGAUACGAGAGGAAAUGAAGAAAACGGUCCCACAAUCAAUCUCUAAGAGUCUGGAGCCAGUGACCGGUCAGCUGAGCAAUACAAUUGCUGCUAAGCUGACCGCUGUGGAGGUCACCCUGAAGGAAAAUGUCAGCAAGGUGGUCAAAUCCAAGAACACAACAGAUGCAAUCGGUCGAGCAGCAGCAGAAGCCAUGCAGGGACCCAUCCAGGCAGCCUAUAAAGACGCCUUCCAGGGCAUUGUGCUGCCUGUUUUCGAAAGAGGCUGCCAAUCCAUGUUUCAACAAAUCAACGACAGCUUCAAACAAGGCACACAAGAAUACAUCCAACAGCUUGAGACCCAUAUGAAGAACAGGAAGCAGAAAGAGCAGGAGACACGAGACCCCAUGAUUGGCCAGCUCCAGCAGAUGACUGACAGCUUCCAAAGCUCCACCGAUCAGCUGGCCAAUAACAUCACCGCUAAUGUCCGGGCAGAGGUCCAGCACCAGAUCCAGAUGAUGGUGGGAAAUUUGCAGGAGUCUAUUCUUAGCCAUGUGCAACGAAUUGUCAAAGGGGAGGUGAGCCAGGCAAUGAAGGAGCAGCAGGCAGUGGUCACCUCCAGCAUCAUGCAGGCAAUGAGGUCAGCGGCCAGCACACCUGUCCCCACAGCACACCUAGACUACCAGACACAGCAGGCCAACAUCCUGCAGCUCCUCCAGCAGGGCCAGCUCAACCAGGCUUUCCAGCAGGCUCUUUCAGCGACCGAUCUGAACUUGGUCUUGUAUGUGUGUGAGACCAUCGACUCUCAGCAGGUGUUUGGUCAGCACCCCUGCCCUCUCAGCCAGCCUGUGCUGCUGUCGCUCAUCCAGCAGCUCUCCUCCAACCUCACAACCCGCUCUGAGCUUAAAAUCAGCUACCUGGAGGAUGCAGUGAUGAAUCUGGACCACAGCGACCCGCUGACUAGAGACCACAUGUCCUCGGUGUUGGCCCAGGUCCGACCGAAGCUCUUUGCCUUCCUGCAGCAGGACCCGCACAGCCCGCUCAGCAAGAGGGCGCGGCGCCUGAUGAUGAUGCUGCAGGGUCUCGUCAGCCACUAGUCCUCCAUUUAAAGAGCGGUGCAAGGGGAGUCAUUUUCCUCACACAUGCACAUGGAUACAGAUCAUGAGUCCCUUUUUUUUUUCUCUUUUUUUUUUUUUUUUUUUUUUUUUUUGGUUACGAGUCCACGUACGUUUUAGAGGAGAAAGCAGCAACAAUUUCACCCCCACUCGGAGCAGUCUCUUGGAGUUAAGGAUGGGGGACGUGCCGUUGGUUGGAGAUGGAAGACGAGGGCUCCUAAAUGACCUAAACCUCUUGCUUGGUUCAAGAAUUACUGUUCCCACCUGGCCCUCCACACAACCCUAAUCCAGCUCUUUCUCUCCCCCGUUCCAUUUGUUCCUAUUCCUCCCCCUGUUCUACCAUUACCAGUGAGGUGUCAAGUUAGGAAAUAGAAUUUUUUUAUUUUUUUUUUCCCUGGACAUACCUUCAGUGCAAGACAAUAAUGGUUUGGACAACUCUGAAGUUGCUGCUUGUUCCUCCCCCAAGAGGCAUUCUGGUUGUCUCUCAUCCUUUUUAUCACCAUCAAGAAACAAAAGAAACGAGCUGAAAUGUCUGGUCGCCCCCGUCUCCCAGACACAUCGUACCUGACACUCCUUUUGAUGCCACUUCACCCAAAUGUGCACAAGACUCCAAGAAUGUUGAGCUGACUGGUCCACAAGACCAAACAUCGCUGUUUCUUUUGACAAGAGAUGGGUUUACCUCAAAAAGUCCCCUUGUAUUUUGGCCUAAUGAGCAAACAGCAGGCUUGGAUGCAUUUUUUUUUUCUUUCUUCAAUACAGACCAGCAUCUUUGCUAGAGCCAACUUGGAAUUUGGUUACUACAGGAUUUCGCUGUCCUCGGUUAAGUUUUUUUCAAACAUCCAAGCUAAUCCGGGCAACCAAAAGUAUGUAACAUUCAAAGCCAUUUCAUGUUUGUGGCAUAUUUUCAUUCAGUUAUUUCUUAAUAGGUUGGAGACGACAACCUUGCUAGGCCAAAUCAGUCUUGGUGCUUUGAAGAGGAUCAACAUGCUGAAUUGUUUUACUGAAAGUUAAUUGAAUUUGUCCCUGCGUUUGGUAUUCAGGAUGGGAAGUAUAUCAUACUGUUUGCACUCUGGCCUUGUUUUCACAAAUCAUUCUAAUGAGGGUCUCUGAAGAAUACAAAUCAGGUGAAAGGAUGAGAAAUGGCAUUUUUGAAAUGUAACAAAUAUGUGUGAAGGUCCUCCAGCUUGAAAAGAUUUCACCUUUUUUGAAUCUAAAAUGUUUGGAGCCCAACUUCCAGUUUGGCAGCCGUCCAUGUGUACAGCUCUGUCCUGUGAAUUGGUUUCUUCUGUAUGUCUGUCCCCUUUUUUUAUAUAAAACAUUUAGCAUUUGUAAGACUUGUAUACUUGCUUUAAGAGUUGUCAAACUAGUUAUACUACAUAAUGAAACACUUCCUAAGCCUAAUUGUUACCAAUGAUGUUAGUUUAUCAGGCUAUUCCCAAAUAAUGUUUUGUAAAUUGAAUGUGCAGUUACUUCUCAUAGGCUCUAGGAGGCAGCACUUGGUUGGACUGAUCACCCUUCUUGUCAUUUUAGGUUUUGGCUUCAGAAGUCAUUCCUGCUCUCUUCAGUAUCGGUUUUACCAGACAUUGAAAAGCCUGCACCCGUUUGUUCACCUUUUUUUAAAAGUGGGUCUCGGAUGAUGAUUUGUGUACAGCCCGUUUACACACGCGUCAUUUAGUUGCAGGGUGGCCACAUCAUUGAGCUGAUUGUAAAACAAAAGUUCUGCUAAUUUGACCUCUGUAGAUUCUGUUAGGUUGGAUUUGUCUAGCAAGUGCCUUAUUAUAUUCUACAUGUUUCACUUAAACAUUUGAUCCUAUUUGGGCCUUCAGAACACUUGUAAUGUUUGAGCAUUAUCCCAUUAUCCUUUUUCGCUUUCACAAGCAUUUACGUUGUUAAAAUGUCGGCUCUGAAGUAAGACUCAAACAGCACAGCAGAGGAGAAUCUAUGUUUGGUUUACUAACGUGACCACCAAGACGGCUGAUUUGGAUUAGAUAUUAGACUGAUCAUGCAACACAGAGAGAGAGAUGUACUAUUUUGACUACUACCACCUUCACCUUUCAGUUACAGACCCCAGUUUAUUGUCCUCAGAGUAGAAUGACAGGUUGACUCCUGUGUUACCCUGAGUGGGAGCUGUGUGUGAGAAACAACUGAGGCUAGUGUGUAGGUUAUUAUUAUUUUUUUUUUUUUUCCAUUCUGUUAAUUUCCCUCUGCUUGAAUGCUUAUGUUGUAUCUUUUACAGUUUAUUUUACCCUAAACAUUUUGGAAUAAAAAAAAGACUUGUUCAAC